UUUUAAACCCACGGUGAAUCUUCCUGCAGUUUAAAUUUAUGCUGAGUCAUGGGCUCCGUGUGAGAAUAACGGUGUCCGCUUUGUCUCCUUGUCUGUCUCAUGGUCAUUUAGGAUUGAGUGAUGCCUUUUUAGGUGGUGCCAGGUUCAUUCUUAGUCAUGGUUAAACUAAGGCUUCGUUGCUUCUGAUCCACACGAUGGUGAGGAAGACGGUGACGGUGUCGCUGGCCGUGCUGCUGCUGGCCUGUGUUGGCAUGUUCGUGGGCGUCUUCUUCGGGGUGAGCAGGAGGCCGCCCCCAGGCGAACGGGUGUACCUGAAGGCAGCUGUGGCGGCCGACGCUGGGCCGUGCUCCGAGGUCGGCAGAGACGUUCUGGCGCGAGGCGGCUCCGCCGUGGACGCCGGCAUCGCCGCUCUGCUGUGCGUUGGACUCAUGAACACUCACAGUGCGGGAAUCGGCGGGGGGUUCUUCGCCACCAUCUACAACGCGAAGACUGGUAAAGUGGAGAUCAUUGACGCCAGGGAGACGGCGCCGCGCAACGCAACAGAGAACAUGUUUGGGAACAGUACAGAUCUGUCCCGUACAGGCGGCUUGUCCAUCGCCGUACCAGGGGAGAUUCGCGGUUAUGAGCUGGCGCACAGGCGACACGGGAAGCUGCCGUGGAGAGACUUGUUCCAGCCGAGCAUCAAGAUUGCAGAGCGAGGCUUCCCUUUGGGCAGAGCUCUGGCCUCUGCCUUGUCCAAAAACAAGGACACCAUCGUCAGUGACCAAUCAAUGUGCGAAGUGUUUUGUGGCAAAAAUGGUGACAUCUUGAAGGAAAAUGACACGAUAAAAUUCCCCAAGCUUGCAGAGACCUAUAGGAAAAUAGCUGACAUGGGUCCCGGCACCUUCUACGAGGGACAACUAGCUCAGGACCUUGUGAGAGAUAUUCAGGAAGCAGGAGGAAUCAUCACAAUGGAGGAUCUGAGGGAUUAUGUGCCGAGCCUGGAUGAGAACCCUCUAAGGGUGAACGUGGGGGAGUACGCCAUGGUUGUUCCCAACGCCCCCGCCAGCGGCCCCGUUCUCUCGCUGAUGUUCAACAUCUUGAACGGCUACAAGUUGACCUCUGACAGCGUUUCAACCACUGAGAAGAAGAUCCUGACGUACCAUCGCAUCGUGGAGGCGUUUCGUUUUGCUUAUGCAAAGAGAACUUUACUGGGAGAUCCCACAUUUCUCAACAUCACCGACCUCAUCCAAAACAUGACGUCGACGUCCUACGGCAGCAGCCUCCGUCAGAAGAUCACCGAUGACACCACGCAUCAUAUGAACUAUUACGAGCCGGAGUUCUACCUGCCCGAGAACCACGGGACCUCGCACGUCUCCGUCGUAGCGGAAGAUGGAAGCGCCAUGGCCGCCACCAGCACCAUCAACCAAUACUUGGGCUCCAAGGUCAUGUCAAGGUCAACAGGCAUUCUGCUGAAUGAUGAGAUGGACGACUUCAGCUCACCGCUCAUCACGAACGGCUUCGGUUUGCCGCCGUCGCCGAACAACUUCAUCAGACCAGGGAAAAGGCCCAUGUCGUCCAUGUGUCCAACCAUCCUCCUUGAUAAAAACAACAAAGUGAAGAUGGUGGUCGGCGCCUCAGGAGGAACAAAAAUCACCAGUUCUAUCGCUCUGGUGAUUCUGAAUGCACUGUUCUUUGACUACGAUCUGCACAAAGCUGUGCUGGACCCGAGGAUCCACAACCAGCUGAGUCCCAACGUCACCGUCGCGGAGCCCGGCUUUGACCAAAGCGUCAUGGAUGGGUUGGCGCUGAAGAACCACCAGGCGGAGUACCUCGACUCAACCGGGGCCGUGGUGCAGGCCGUCGUCCGCGGCGUUGACGGACUUCACGCACAGUCAGAUCCACGCAAGUGGAGCUAUGCUGCCGGCUACUGAGCCCGGAAACAACCAUGAGGCGGCUCUGUGCAACGACACUAUGUAUAUUUAUUUUAAAUUAAAUAUAUUAAGCGAAUGGCUUUGUGACUCUCAGCAUGCAUUUAGUUGUUUGACUGCUUACUGGUUAGAGUUAGCAUUUUAAAAACUCCACAUUAAUAAGCUGGUGGUUGACAAGGUCAUAGUCGCUCUCUGGACUGGUUAAGAAAAGGUUUGGUUAAAGUCAGGAGAUGCUGUGACUAUCUGGAUGCGGGCAGGUUUGAACUCUAGUCCACCAGAGCCUCCAGAGGAUAAUAUUAAAGCAUCUUCACUCAUGUUACCUGCUGCAAUAACAGAUUCCUUAUUCAAUUUCCCUUCAAGGCCCAAUUAGACCCAGUCCCACUCCUACAUCAUAAUAAACCCGAGAGUUAUGCAACUUCAGCAGAGAACGCAUUAACUUACCCUUUAGGCAUAAAGAACUUUCAAGUAUCUGUGUAUCUGAGUCUUCUCAGCUGUUUAUUUAUUUCAUCUGUCUGCCUUGGGUGAUAUUAUGACGGUUUAUGACCAAAAUUAUGCAAAAAAUACAAAUAGCAUGUGUAAGAACAUCAAAUCACUGCUGCUGGGACACUUUGCUUCAUCAAGGGACUUGAUGACUGAAAUGCUGCUACUGGAAGUCACAGUCAUUACAGCAUCAUUUAGCUCCCUUCCAGUAAAGAGACAUUUUCUACAACACAAUGCUUUUUAACUAGGCGAUAUAUACAGUGUAUAAAGGCAACGCUAACGCUAUGAGGUCUCAACUCAUUCUCAUCUAGUGCCUCAAAGGAAAACUGAGAAUCCACUCAUUACUAAUUCAUUAGUGUCUCCUGUGUCCUUUGUCUUGUCAGGAAACAUGAAGUAGAAUAUUACUGAUCAUGUUACAAUAAGAAUGAGAGCAGAGAAACAAAUUAAGACAAGUGACUACUUUUGUUUUAUUUUUGACAUGUAAAUAUAAAAGUACAUACAAAACGUUACACGUAUGAUAUUAAAAAGGUACAAAAAUCAGUACGACAUGUUACUGUAACUAACUACUAGAUACUAUAAAUGUAAAGUGAGGUUCUUUUA